CAUUGUGUCCACACCUUUAAUAGGGAGUUGUUCGUUUGUGUGUUUAUUGGCAGCAAAUUUUAUCGAAGUUUAGAAUUUAGUUUUUUUUUUGCAUUAAAAUUCAGUAUUUUAGCUAGAGAACACAAAUAAACUAAACAGCCGAGAUGCGCAACUUUCUUAAGCAGCAGUCGCAAGACACUACGGACACCAGUAUUGAAAAAGGCGACUACCCACGCGCCUCAAAUGGCGUUGUGCUGGCUAGUGUAGUCAUAUUUGCGGCGUCCUUUUUGCUCAUGAUGUCAUUUUGCUCGCCCUACUGGAUUGAGUCGUAUGAGGAGACACACAGCAGCUUCAAGAAUAUGGGUUUAUGGGAAUACUGCUUCAAGAAUUUCGUAUAUCCAUACUACCAAUUUCCGCGACAAUUCAAUGGCUGCCAUAAUAUUUUCAGUCAUGAAUAUUAUGUUAUUAGAGAAUACCUGUUGCCAGGUUGGCUCAUGGCUGUGCAAGCCUGUGCAACUUUGGCCUUCCUCUUGACAUACACUGUGUUAACUCUAUUAUCUUUAGUUAUCAUACGCUUACCAUUGAAGGGAAUACUUCAGUACGAAUGGUUAUUGAUACGCAUUUCAUACUUGUGUACCGCAAGCGCGUCUAUUUUGCUAUUUCUCGCCGUAUGCAUUUUUGGUGGCUGCGCCUACCGUCGUGAUUGGCUUAUGUAUCCUAAAUUUAAUGUACUCGGCUGGUCCUAUGCCGUAGCUGUUGUGUCAUUUAUAUUUCUCGGAAUAGGCGCUCUGAUUUUACAUCGCGAGGCACGUUAUGCUUAUGAUUUACGCGGCGAACAGAAAAAUUUAGUAAUGCAAAUGGAAAUGCAAGAGCCUGGCUAUCAGCCGCCAAGGCAUCAUCAUAGUACAUCACGCAGUCUGCAUGGAUACAUAUAAAAAGGGCAAAAAGCGAGCAGCAUUUUCAAUUCAGUGCUUUGCUACGAAGCACUUUUUUAUUCCAUUUUACUACUUUCGAUUAGUUUUAAGUAUGUGUUCACAAAAUGUAAACGAUAAUUUUUUUUUGUAUUUCCUAACAAGUUAUGCAGACUCUCUUAAUAUGCACUGAACAAACCAACGGCAGUGUUUAUUUUAUUUUGAAAUCGAUAACUUUUUUCUAAUAGCAUAAGUACCCACAUUCUAAGCAAAGAACUGCCUAAGAUUUAUAGCUAAUUUCAUUUACUUUUUAGCUAAUUGAAGGAAUGUUAUAUACAUAUCUACAUUUACAUAUUAUUUGUCUUUGUACCUUGAAUAUUUACAAAAUCAGCUUUUACAUUUUCAACAACUACAAACCGUCCAAAAUUGUAUACACAUUUUUAUACACAAUCAAAUUAAUUAACUUUAGUAUGUAGUUCAAUGCAAAAAUUAUGCAACAC